ACGGAGUCCCAGCGCAGGGCUGGGAUGAACCUCAAAGUUCGGGGCGCUCGCGGCGGGGGAUGUAGCAGCGCCAGCGCCGCCGCGCACCGGCCCGCCCCGGCUCCCGCCCGCCCUCGGCGCCUCCCCCGGCCCCCCUCCGCAGUUUUUAAACUCUGAUCCUCCCCCCUCUUCCCUUCUUCUCCACACCCCCCCCCCCCCCCACCUCCUCCCCCUUCCUCCCCUAAAUGCCAGCCAUGAUCGAGAAGGGCCCGGAGGUCUCGGGGAAACGGCGGGGCAGGAACCACAACGCCGCCGGCACCAAUAAUAACAAUAACGGCGGCAGCAAAAGUUUAUCCACCGCCCCCAACGGCAACAGCAGCGGCAACUCCUGGGAGGAAGGGAGCUCGGGGUCCUCCAGCGAUGAGGAGCACGCUGGCGGCGGUAUGAGGGUCGGGCCGCAGUACCAGGCGGUGGUCCCCGAUUUUGACCCCGCCAAACUUGCAAGGCGAAGUCAGGAGAGAGAGAAUCUCGGCAUGCUGGUCUGGUCACCUAACCAGAAUCUGUCUGAAGCAAAAUUGGAUGAAUAUAUUGCUAUUGCUAAAGAGAAGCAUGGAUACAACAUGGAGCAGGCCCUGGGGAUGCUCUUUUGGCACAAGCACAACAUCGAGAAGUCUUUGGCAGACCUGCCAAACUUCACUCCAUUCCCAGAUGAGUGGACAGUGGAAGACAAGGUCUUGUUUGAACAGGCCUUCAGUUUCCAUGGAAAAACCUUUCACAGGAUCCAGCAGAUGCUUCCUGACAAAUCAAUAGCCAGCCUGGUGAAAUUUUACUACUCCUGGAAGAAGACAAGGACUAAAACUAGUGUGAUGGAUCGCCAUGCUCGUAAACAAAAAAGGGAACGUGAGGAAAGUGAGGAUGAAAUGGAGGAAGCAAAUGGAAACAACCCAAUAGAUAUUGAAGUUGAACAAAAUAAGGAGAGCAAAAAGGAGGUGCCGCCUGCUGAAACCCUUCCUCAGGUGAAGAAGGAGAAGCACAGUACACAGGCCAAGAACAGAGCAAAGAGGAAACCUCCCAAAGGAAUGUUCCUUUCCCAAGAAGAUGUAGAAGCCGUUUCUGCCAAUGCAACAGCUGCUACCACUGUACUCAGACAACUGGACAUGGAGUUAGUCUCAAUCAAACGACAGAUUCAGAACAUCAAACAGACGAACAGCGCACUCAAAGAAAAACUUGAAGGUGGUAUAGAACAAUACAGACCUGCAGAGGUCGUUCAGAAAUUUAAUGCACGUUGGACCACAGAUGAGCAGCUUCUUGCUGUGCAAGCAAUCAGGAAGUACGGGCGAGACUUUCAGGCCAUCUCUGACGUGAUUGGAAACAAAUCCGUGGUGCAAGUGAAAAACUUUUUUGUAAAUUACCGCCGUCGUUUCAACAUAGAUGAAGUUCUGCAGGAGUGGGAGGCAGAACAUGGCAAAGAGGAGACAAAUGGAACCAAUAGCCAGAAGCCUGUCAAAUCCCCUGAGAAUUCCACUAAAAUGUCCGAAGAGGAAGACGAGGCUACUUCUGUUCUUGAUGUCAGAUAUGCAUCUGCUUCGUGAGAAGGUGCUGUAGCCUAGAACAAUUUGUGUUGACUACUGUGUUAUCCAGGAUAUCAGGUAUUAGCAAACCUCAGACAGCCAUCUGCAUCAUAUCUGUGGACAAGCAGCUAUUACCAAAAAAAAACCACAAAGGCAAACGCUUCCAGUCCUGUGCUACAUCUGCCUUAAUCUCCCCCUCAUUCCUCCAUACUGCCUCCACUUUCUUUCACAAGCAUCCAGGUAGCUCAGCUCUCCAUUUCAUCAACGUCCUGCUUAAGCAUGGGGAUUUCUAGAACCAGUAACACCUGUCUGUACAUUUUGACCAACCUGCAAAACAAGGAGCUCCUUAGCCAGCCCCACAGUUAACUCGACACCUUUAGGAGUUCUUAGAAUACUUGGUCCGUAGGGUAUAAGUAUUGCUGCAUGGCCUUAUGGUCUCUGCUUCCUGUGUAUUCUGAUGAUGACACUAUUGUUAGUGAGCUUUCUAUAAAGGAGAGGCCUGUGCACAUACCAGCGGUGGCAGGUUUGCUCUGAAGCCACAGGGCACGUUCACAAGCGAUCCUGAGCUAACACCAAGCGAUAGGAAAUGCUAUUGCUGAGGUUUGGUCAGUCCGAGGUUGUAAAUGGAACUCAUCACACUUCUGGUCUGUGCAAUUCUUUCCACUGUGUUUGUGUGUUCUUGCUUCAUAGAAAGCUCCCUAAUUGAGCCUUUUAUUCCUGUGUAUUUUAAUGGCUUUUAUUUAGUGCAAAAGGGAAUAGGUAACCUGGAAGUGAUACGCUAUUUAACCCCUGGCAUCCAGCAUUUGCAUUGUAACAAGUUAAGUGAGUGCUACACAACUUUCUUUUUCCUGAUCCUCUGUGGGAUUAAGUCAAAACAACUUUCUCUGGUGCCUCUCCUUUUGGAAUAUGUGCCUUUUUACAUUUGGCUACCAUAGGUCACUCUCUGUCCCGGUGUCUCAUUCCUCUUCAGAGCGCUGUUUGCCAAAGACAGGCUGCUUCUCCCACCGCAAGCCCGGACGAGGGCUGGAGCACAAAAUUCAGCCCUAAGGUGUCAGUUUUUUUUGGUCUUUUCAGAAGUUGACUGGAGAAGAACUAGGUUAAUUUCAUUGGCCACUUGAACCCUUCUGAAGCACACAUGGCUUUCGUGUUCUGAACCAAAAUAUGCAAUUGAAAAUCUCAGAGGUGCUUUUCCAAACACUUGGUGCACGCAGCUUUCCAACCCCCAGCCCUCUGCUCAGAUGACCUGUGCUGUGGCCUGUCCAUCAGGCUUGAAUGAGAGCUGUUCUUUGAAGUCCCGUACGAGGCCUUUGCAUCUUAACCAGGGUGGCUGCUGACUGCUGAGUAGAGCUAGAAGCAGCAGUAUUACUUCUUGUCUGGUGGAAAGCUGCAAAAUAACACUAGUCACAAAGCAUUUAAAAAUGGUUAAUCAUGUUGAAAGAAAUCACCAGGUGUCUUUGCAGGUAGAGUAAAGGACCUUCUUUGCCUCCCUUCCUCUACAGAGGGUUCGAGCUGCAGUGGCACACAGCACAAUGUACGGCACUGGCCUCUCCUCACACAACCUGAAAUGAGCUGUCCCUGGCCUGGCCUGCAGCUCAGGCUCUAGCCCUGAACUUGGUGCUGAUGUGGGAGCUGCUGGGCUGUGGUGUGCCUGUGUGCUGCUGUGGCUCAGUUCCCUGUACCUCAGGGAGGCAGGCUAAUGCCAGACGGUUCUCAGAGCCAGCUGUGACCACAGCUCGGGCAGUGCAGACCCAACCCGAGGCAGCCUCAUGGACCACUGAGGGGUGUCCUCCUUGGGCCUCGUGUGAGCCAACAUCAGAAAUGGAGCAACAGCACACAGGCAGAGGGAGCAGAUAAGCGUUACUGAGGCCAAGCUAGAGUAUGGAGCCCCAGAAGGGCCUGUUUGAGGCACUUUGCAGCUGUUUCAUUCUGGUAGCUCCAGAGAGAUCCAUUGCGGUGAGGGGAGGAUGGAAGGGAGCUAUUCCUGAUCCUCUGUUGGCAACCUGAAACGCCACAUUUGUGGCAGCAUCUCUGCAGCUGUUGAUGUGAACUGGCAGCUCUGGUGGGUGGCCCUGCAAGAUGUUCCUUUGGUCCUGGGCUAGCUGUGAGCCUUGUGUGGGAAAGGACACUAGUUGUUAGCCAGCGUGGAUUAGGAUUACAGGCGGUCAGGUAGCGCUGUGAGUUCAGCUGACAGCUGUGGUGUAAAGCAAUGCUGCUCUUUAGAAGUACCCUAGUAUUAAACCUCCUGCUGGUACCAAUCUGUGGAGCCAGGUCCUCACCAGUGGGUUCCAACUGGUGAAACUCAUCAGGAGAGGCUUCUGCUGGUGAGUUAAGUUACCUGGGAGGACCUUUUCGUUGGUUUUUGCCCUCAAAUCUGUCCAUCCUACGAUCAGAAAAGUUGUGUUUUGGCUUCAUCCCCAAGGGGCAGGGAGAAACGUGUCUAAUCCAUGACAUUAGGAAGAAAAAAGUUGUUUAAUUACUUUUCAGUUGACUGUUAUCUUAUUGUAGCUGAUACAUCCAAUAUAAUAGCACUGUAUUUUAAACCUUUAGUUGUUUUAUAUUCUCUUUUACGUUUUUAAAUGCGAUUAAAAUCAUUUCAGCUUCGGAAAGUUUAAAUGGUUUGUUCCUGUUUAGGUAAAGACCCUCUCCUUUGUGAAAUGGGUCAAGCAUUACAUAACAUCAACUGGUUGCAUUCUGAUUAGAAGGGUCCACAAAGAUUAACUGCAUAAGGUAGAAGAUUCACUUCAAUUUUGUUUCUGAAACUAUCAAUGUGAAUGUCAUAAUUAUAUAUAUUUUGUGGAAAACGGGAAGUUAUUUCUCCUGAGUAUAAGUUAUUGUGCAAAAUAUGGUAUGAUUAAAGAAAAUGAUAGUUUAAGUUUUAGGUUUAGAGAUCUUAAAGAUAUAAAAGUGUAUUGCAUAUGCAUAAGCAAAUUUCAUUUGUUCUAUUUAAUUUGUAUGUAGCUGUGUAAAGUGCUAGGUAACUUCUGGGGUUUUAUUUUUGCUUAUCCAUUCAAACAACCUUGUUACUUGAAUAUUGGUGUUUAACUGGUUGGAAACAGUGAUCAAUUUUUGUAACAUAACCCAAUAACCAAGGGAAAACAAAAAAAAUACAUGCCUCAGUUGUGCUUAACAGUAUAGCAACAAUGUACAACCAGAUGCUUUUAAGACCGUGGUAGCCAUAACUGGUGGUGCAACCACACUGGUUGCCUUGAUGUAUUUGAUACCAAUGGGGGAUAAUGAAUCCCUAAUGUAUUUUUGCAAGUUUGCAACCAGCAGAACCCCAUAAACAUCCACCAGAAGACUUUUUCAGUAGUUAAUACAAGAGUGAAGCUCUCCUUCUCUUAAAGCAACGUCCCGACGACCGUUGUUCUUGCCUGUCCAAACACACCUGACACAUUGUGUAUUAAAAUAUGCUCAUUGUCACUUUAAAUUUCAGUUGUUACUCUCUGACUCGCUGCCAUGCUGUUGGUAUUCUUGCACACCAAAUAUGAGCCAAACAGUGCAUUACACUAACUUGGUCACUGGAUUUGUGAACAGAAAUCUCUUCCCCCCCAACACCCCCCAAAGUCCACGAAGUGCAAAAAUAUCGCAGGAGGUUUUAUUCUGAUCGUGGGUUUCUUCAAAUCUCUCUCCAGUGAUACCUAGCCUUUCAGCAAUCAGUGGUUUGAUGUUUUACUCCUUACAAAACAGAGGGGGAAAAAAAUAAAAGAGGCAAAUGACUCCUUUUUCGUUAGCUCCAGCUUGUCUUCAGCACGUCAGACUCUAGGUGAUCUUGUGCAAUGCCCCUAAAGCAAAUAGUUUUCUGCCACUCCCUGGAUUAAUGAGGCUUUUUCCUGUUGAUAGUAAAGCACAAUUGCAGUGAAAGUUACAGUUCAGAAGAUGGAAGGUCAGUAUAGUCUAUGCAUGUUGUAUAAUACUGAGUGUUUACAUUCAUAUUCUCCUAAGAUAAAAUUUAUACUGGAGUGUAUAGUAUUCCAUUAUGUAGAUUUUAUCAACUUUGUUAACUGCUUAUAGAUUGCUUAAAAGAAGUUUUUUCAAGAUUUUAAAAGAUGUAUAAGGUUAAGUUUGCAAAUAUAAUGGAAAUGCUGUAUAGCUUUUGAAGUGAUAAAAUACUCGUCGGGGUUUUAAAGGAAGUAUGUUGUAAUAAUGCUGUUGUAAGUAAUAUUUUCAAUGUCUUUUUUGCCUGUUUUCUAUUAUUCAGCACACUUACUGUGAUGAAUGUUCAUAGCAUUAUAAAGUUGCUUAGCCACUGAAAAGUAACAUUUGGGUUUUGGAUUCUUUUACUGUAUGAGGAACUCUAGUGGGGUCGAUUCCUUUGUGAAAUCCUACGUGAUUCAUUUUUCUAUGAUUUCCAAUGUUUGCUGACAUCAAAUAAAAAAGUUUUUCAAGCCAUUGAUGUAAUAAAACACGUAGUAAAACGUUA